AUGGCAUCCAUUGCAGUUGAUCCACAACCCAGUGUGGUAACUCGGGUGGUCAACCUGCCCUUGGUGAGCUCCAUAUAUGACCUCAUGUCCUCAGCCUAUGUCAAUACAAAGGACCAGUAUCCCUACUUGAAGUCUGUGUGUGAGAUGGCAGAGAAGGGUGUGAAGAUCAUCACCUCUGUGGCCCUGACCGGUGCUCUGCCCAUCAUCCAGAAGCUAGAGCCACAAAUUGCAAUUGCUGAUACCCAUGCCUGUAAGGGGCUAGCCAGGAUGGAGGAGAGACUGCCUAUUCUGAAUCAGCCAUCAACUCAGGUUGUUGCCAAUGCCAAAGGUGCUGUGACUGAGCCAAAAGAUGCUGUGACGACUACUGUGACUGGAGCCAAGGAUUCCAUGGCCAGCACAGUCACAGGUGUGAUGGACAAGACCAAAGGGGCAGUGACUGGCAGUGUGGAGAUGACCAAGUCUGUGGUCAGUGGCAGCAUUAACACAGUCUUAGGGAGUUGGAUUAUGCAGCUUGUGAGCAGUGGUGUAGAAAAUGCACUCACCAAAUCAGAGCUGUUGGUAGAGCAGUACCUCCUUCUCACUGAAGAAGAACUAGAAAAAGAAGCAAAAAAAGUUGAAGGAUUUGAUAUGGUUCAGAAGCCGAGUUAUUAUGUUAGACUGAGAUCCCUGUCUACCAAGCUUUGCUCCCGCACCUACGAGCAGGCUCUCAGCAGGGUUAAAGAAGCUAAGCAAAAAAACCAAGAGACCAUUUCUCAGCUCCAUUGUACUGUUCACCUGAUUGAAUCUGCCAGGAAGAAUGUGCAUAGUGGCAAUCAGAAAAUUCAGCACACUCAGUAUAAACUCUACCUCUCAUGGCUGGAGUGGAGAAGGGGCAUUGGAUAUGAUGAUGCUGAUGAGUCCCACUGUGCCGAGCACAUCGGGUCAUUUACUCUUGCUAUUGCCCACAACAUGACUCAGCAGCUCCAGACCACAUGGCACACCCUCCUGUCCAACACCCAAGGCUUACCACAGAACAUCCAAGAUCAGGCCAAGCACAUAGGGGUGAUGGCCAGUGACGUCUACUCAGUGCUCCGCAAUGCUGCCUCCUUUAAGGAGGUGUCUGACAGCCUCCUCACUUCUAGCAAGGGGCAGCUACAGAAAAUGAAGAAAUCUUUAGAUGAUGUGAUGGAUUAUUUUGUUAACAACACACCCCUCAACUGGCUAGUAGAUCCCUUUUAUCCUCAGAUGACUGAGUCUCAGAACGCUCAGGACCAAGGUGCAGAGAUGGACAAGGGCAGCCAAGAGGCCCAGCCAUCUGAGCACAAAACUCAUUAA